AUGCGGGUUCUGGGUGCGCCUCUGGCCCGCGCCUCGCGGCUCCUGCUCCUACUGCUACUUGAGGUGUUUGCGGCCCCUACCCUUGGGGCCACUCAGGAGCCCGGGGACGAAACUUGUCUGGGGGAGCAUUGCUCUCCUGCACUGAUCCAGAACCCCAGCAGGGACAUUUGGGGGCCAGGAAAUUCUGUUAAAGAUGCUCUGCGAGCCGGUGCGCCCAGAGAGGAGGAGGAGGAGUUGGAAGCAGCGGUGCGCGCGGCGCCCUCCUGGGACUUGUCGGCGGCCCCGGGCGGUGACCCUCGGGCGCCCAGAGGGGUGGAGGCAGCGGCGGAGCGGACCGCGGGAGCCCCUGCCAGGCCGCCUGGCGCCUGGAGAUGGAAAGGUGUUGGGGGCCUGGAACCCCUGAGCGCUUUGGGGAGGGGCCACCUCACGGCCCUCCAACGCUUUCUGCAGACCUCAGAGGAGGAAGGGAAUGGCCUUAGGGGCGCUGGCACUUCGGGGCACAGUCAAAAACAGAGUGUGAGGAUGGAAGCUCGAACCGGAGAGCUCUUUUACCGGCCUAAGAGAGCCGGGAAACUCCAGGGUGCCCACCGCGAACCCCCACCCAAGUCUGUCGCGGGGCACGAAGGGCGGACACUUGCCCCUCCAGGUAGGGCGCUGGCCCAGAAUGGGACUUCGGGUGAAGGGGUUCUGGACCGCGGCGGCUCCCGCCGGGGGAACAACACAAACAGGCGUGUGAGACUCAAGAACCCCUUCUACCCGCUGACCCAGGAGUCUUAUGGAGCCUACGCGGUCAUGUGCUUGUCGGUGGUGAUCUUUGGGACCGGCAUCAUUGGUAACCUGGCCGUGAUGUGUAUUGUGUGUCAUAACUACUACAUGCGGAGCAUCUCCAACUCCCUGUUGGCCAACCUGGCCUUCUGGGAUUUUCUCAUCAUCUUCUUCUGCCUUCCGCUCGUUAUCUUCCAUGAGCUGACCAAAAAGUGGCUGCUAGAGGACUUUUCCUGCAAGAUCGUGCCCUAUAUUGAGGUUGCUUCCCUUGGCGUCACCACGUUCACCUUGUGUGCGCUCUGUAUAGACCGCUUUCGUGCUGCCACCAAUGUACAGAUGUACUAUGAGAUGAUCGAAAACUGUUCGUCAACAACUGCCAAACUUGCUGUUAUUUGGAUUGGUGCUCUCUUGCUUGCUCUUCCCGAAGUUGUUCUCCGCCAGCUGAGCAAGGAGGAUUUGGGAUUUAGCGGCCGCGCCCCUGCAGAACGGUGCAUCAUCAAGGUCUCUCCAGAUUUGCCGGAUACCAUCUAUGUGUUAGCCCUCACCUACGACAGCGCGAGGCUCUGGUGGUAUUUUGGCUGCUACUUCUGUUUGCCCACACUCUUCACCAUCACCUGCUCUCUAGUGACUGCAAGGAAAAUCCGCAAAGCAGAGAAGGCCUGCACGCGAGGGAAUAAGCGGCAGAUUCAACUUGAAAGCCAGAUGAACUGUACAGUCGUGGCUUUGACCAUUUUGUAUGGAUUUUGCAUCAUUCCUGAAAAUAUCUGUAACAUUGUUACUGCCUACAUGGCUACAGGAGUUUCACAACAGACAAUGGACCUUCUGAAUAUCAUCAGCCAGUUGCUUUUGUUCUUCAAGUCUUGUGUUACCCCAGUUCUCCUUUUCUGUCUUUGCAAACCCUUCAGCCGCGCCUUUAUGGAAUGUUGCUGCUGCUGUUGUGACGAGUGCAUUCAGAAGUCCUCAACAGUGACCAGUGAUGACAAUGACAACGAAUACACCACGGAACUUGAACUCUCGCCUUUCAGCACCAUACGCCGUGAAAUGUCCACUUUUGCUUCUGUUGGAACUCACUGCUGA